AUGAUUCAUUCUUUCCGGAGAACAAAAUGGCUGGCCUUGGUGAAGAUUCCGGUGUAUAAUCCGACACAGUUUCCUUCUGUAUUGAGUUCAGAACGGCUUAGGUUUUUGUCUGCUCUGGUUUUGGCUCAGGACAAUAGAAAAUCUUCUUUUAGCGUAUCUAGUUUGAUUGAUAUUGCUCCUGAGUCUGAUGUUGGCCGUCUUAAAUCUCCGAAGAAGGCAAAAUUGGUAUUGAAGUUCCUCGAAGAAAAUGGAUUCUCUGAAUCUCAGAUCAAAAUUGUUGUUUCUCAAAGGCCGCGAAUCCUCCAGUGCGAUCCUGAGAAAACCCUGAAGCCGAAAGCCGAGUUUCUCUUCUCGAAAGGGAUAUCGAAGCUUGAUUUCACGAGAAUAGUUUUAGAGGAACCAACAGCUCUAUCCCGCAGUCUUGAGAAGUAUAUGAUGCCUUUAUUCGAUUUCCUGAAGGGUGUGAUGGGUAGCGAGGAGUUAGUGGCUAGAGCUGUCAGAAGCUGCCCGUAUGUGUUCAGCUCCAACAUCAGGAAAACCCUUGAACUAAAUACCAAGAAGUUGCAAAAUACCGGGGUACCCCAAGCCCGGAUCGCCAUGCUGGUAACUCACCAGCUUAGAGCUAUUACCCUGAAAGCAUCAUGGUUUGACGAAGCCUUAACCAGGGUUAGAGAAAUGGGUUUUGAACCGACGGAACCCAACUUUGUAAAUGCCCUUGCAACAAUCGGAUGGUGUGGUAAGUCGGUCUGGGAAAGGAAAAUGAAUCUUUUCAGGAGCUAUGGCUUAUCCGAUCCAGAGAUCAUGAAAGGGUUCAAGAAGCAACCAAUGAUCAUGAAGUACCGAGAAGAGAACACGAAAACAAAGAUGAAUUUCUUCAUCAAGAGAUUGCAUUGGUGCCCUCAUAAGGUGAUGAUGGCUCCGCAUAUUUUGUUGCCGAGCUUAGAGAAGAGAAUAAUUCCUCGGCUCUCUGUUCUGCAUCUUUUGGUAACCCGAGGAGAGAUUGAGGAGAAGGAGAUCAGCUCGGCUAUGCGUUUUCUGAAAAUGGCUGAAAGAGAGUUCGUGGAGAAGUUUGUUGCGGCGUACAAAGAUCGAAUCCCUGGGAUCUUGGAGACCAAUGAAGGGAAGCUGAAGAGGGAGGAGGACCUUCAUACACUAAACAAGGCGUUCAUCAGGAACGAGUUCUGGUCACGUACUUAG